GGAAGCAAAACGUAAGCAAGUAACGGAAAUGGGCUUAGAAUCGAAAGGUUCUUGGAACAUUAGGGGAAAGGGUAUGGAGAGUCACCGUUAGACAUGGGAACUCACAUGAGCGCGUGUGGAGAGCAGAAGCCCCUUUCCUGCUGCAGUUACAGCACAUGGUUAGCACGGCAAAACCCUGGGUUCUCUGGUACUUGGAGUGGGGUAUGGUGCUGCAGUGUUGGGUAGAAAAUACGCCUUCCCGAUUAGCCAGUGCUGACCUGCUCAGUGUAAACACUCAGAGGAGCAACUAUGGGGGAUGGGGGAUGGGAGGAGGCAGGGUCCAGCCCUGCCCAGACCUCCUGGUUCCAAUUUCUGCCUGUCAGCUGUGCUCUCAGCUGUCCACUGUCCUCCAGCCCUGUCAUUUCAGCUCGGCCACCACGGUGAGAGGCUAAGAGGCCUACCAAUAUUGGCUGUGAGUCCAGAAGGUGCUGGGGGCUUAGCCCUGGCGGAAGAGGACUAGCUCUCCCCCAGCACCACCAUCAAGAUCUUAGGGACCCUCUUUCCACACUGACCUGACUUAGGGAGUCUAAAGAUGACAGAAAAGGAGGUACUGGAGUCCCCUAAGCCCCCCUUCCCAGCAGAAACUCCACAAAGUGGGCUACAACUACUGAAGCAGAUAUUCAAGAAGGGCUCUCCAGAGACAACUGAGAUGGAGCCUCCCCCAGAGCCCCAGGCCAAUGGAGAGGCAGUGGGAGCUGGGGGUGGGCCCAUCUACUAUAUCUAUGAGGAAGAAGAGGAAGAGGAGGAGGAGGAGGAACCACCCCCAGAACCUCCUAAGCUUGUCAAUGACAAGCCCCACAAAUUCAAAGAUCACUUCUUCAAGAAACCCAAGUUCUGUGAUGUCUGUGCCCGGAUGAUUGUGCUCAAUAACAAAUUUGGGCUCCGCUGUAAGAACUGCAAAACCAACAUCCAUGAACAUUGCCAGUCCUACGUGGAGAUGCAGAGAUGCUUCGGCAAGAUCCCGCCUGGUUUCCAUCGUGCCUAUAGCUCCCCACUCUACAGCAACCAACAGUACGCUUGUGUCAAAGAUCUCUCUGCUGCCAAUCGCAAUGACCCUGUGUUUGAAACCCUGCGCAUCGGGGUGAUCAUGGCAAACAAGGAACGGAAGAAGGGACAGGCAGAUAAGAAAAAUCCUCUAGCAGCCAUGAUGGAGGAGGAGCCAGAGUCAGCCAGGCCAGAGGAAGGCAAGUCCCAGGAUGGAAACAAUGCAGAAAGGGACAAGAAGGCUGAGAAGAAAACACCGGAUGACAAACACAAGCAGCCCGGCUUCCAGCAGUCUCAUUACUUUGUGGCUCUCUAUCGGUUCAAAGCCUUGGAGAAAGAUGAUCUGGAUUUCCCGCCAGGGGAGAAGAUCACAGUUAUUGACGACUCUAACGAGGAGUGGUGGCGGGGGAAAAUCGGAGAGAAGGUCGGAUUCUUCCCGCCAAACUUCAUCAUUCGGGUCCGGGCUGGAGAACGCGUGCACCGCGUAACCAGAUCCUUUGUGGGGAACCGCGAGAUUGGGCAGAUCACUCUGAAGAAAGACCAGAUCGUAGUGCAGAAAGGAGACGAAGUUGGCGGCUACGUCAAGGUCUACACCGGUCGCAAGGUGGGGCUGUUCCCCGCCGACUUUCUGGAGGAGAUUUAGGUGAACUGGUGCCUGCUGGCAGGAGACACCUAGGCCUGGCUCUGGGCGGGGCCCAGUGCGGGCUGGGAGGGGAGAGGCAACUGGACUACUGAAUGAGGAGGGGUGGAAAGGCCCACGAGCAUGACGAUGUUACUGGGGAGGGUCUGUCUCCCACUUCUCCCCCUGCCCAGGGCUUCGGAUACCCGGUGCACUGGAUAGCCGGCACCAAUAAGACCCACACUUCAGCCCACCCAACCUUCAAGAGCUGGGGGGCGGGGUGCAUAUCCAUACAGAGGCGCCAAGGGGCUGAACUGUCAAUGUUGUGAAUUUAUUAAAGUUUUGACAG